ACAGCGUAGGGCGAGAGUAGGGCAGGCGGAAUAAACUCAGUUUAACUGUCAUACAUCUUCCUGCUCUGUGCCGUGUCUGGAAAGUGCAGUGCUGGUUAGAUUGUGGGCGGUUUCAAGGACGAGAGCCGGUUUACAGUACGGAAAAGUGGACAAUUUUAUCAGCAAUGGCGCAACAAAGACAUUUUCUACAGUGUGUUUUCCACAGACGGGAGGCCGUAGCCCUUUAACAUGACACCGGAGAGUAGACGCUCUCAUCCAUGGGUCAGCAAAUCAGCAGAUAAAAACAAGAUUAUGUAGCCGCAGGUCACCCAGGACAUAGUUCAGUUUUGUUGUUGAUGCGUGGUUUGAAGAGAGGUGAUGGAUGUCCGCAUGGUUCUGGGGGGUCCAGAUAACAUUCUCCUGGCCAAUAAUCCUGACACAGGAAGUGGUUGUUUGAAGCAUCCCUGUGAGGACCAGGACAGAAGCUCCAGCCCGUCUGUCCUUCGUUCUGUGACCACUACAGGGAAGGAGGGUCUGCUGAACAGGAAGAGACCAUUUGUUGGAAGAUGCUGUCACUCAUGCACACCCCUGAGUCAGGAGAGGCUGUUCAACCCCAGCAUCCCUUCACUAGGGCUCCGUAAUGUGAUUUACAUCAAUGAAACACACACAAGACACAGAGGUUGGCUUGCACGGAGGCUGAGUUAUGUGCUGUUUGUCUUGGAGAGAGAUGUCCGGAAGGAAAUGUUUGCUCGCAAUGUGGUGGAGAACGUGCUCAACAGCAGCAGGCUGGAAAGUGCUAUCGUGGAGGUAGCAUCCGAAGGUGCUAGCACAGAUGCAGAGUCUGGAGUGGAUUCCAAAGCUGUCAGUAAAGUUAGACGGAAGGCCAGAGGAUUCCUGCAGGAAAUGGUUGCCAACAUCUCACCUGCCUUCAUCAGAAUAACAGGAUGGGUGUUGUUGAAAUUGUUUAAUGGAUUCUUCUGGAGUAUUCAGAUCCAUAAAGGUCAGCUGGAGAUGGUAAAGAAAGCAGCAUCUGAGUACAAUGUUCCCCUGGUCUUCCUUCCUGUUCACAAGUCCCACAUAGACUACCUGCUCAUCACCUUCAUCCUGUUUUGUCACAACAUCAAAGCCCCUCACAUCGCAGCUGGCAACAACCUCAACAUCCCUAUCUUAAGCACACUAAUACGGAAACUCGGAGGAUUUUUCAUUCGUCGUAAACUGGAUGAGACUUCAGACGGAAAGAAGGAUGUGUUAUACAGAUCACUGUUACAUGCAUACACAGAAGAAUUGUUGAGGCAGCAGCAGUUUCUGGAGGUGUAUUUAGAGGGCACGCGCUCUCGCAGCGGGAAGCCAUCUCCAGCACAUGCGGGCAUGCUCUCAAUCGUGGUUGACACACUCUGUGCCAACAGCAUCCCCGAUGUUCUGAUCGUGCCUGUAGGCAUCUCAUAUGACCGCAUUAUAGAAGGAAACUACAACAGCGAGCAGCUGGGCAAACCUAAAAAGAAUGAGAGUCUGUGGGGAAUUGCCUGCGGCGUGUUCAGGAUGCUCCGGAAGAAUUACGGCUGUGUGCGUGUGGAUUUCACACAGCCCUUCUCCCUUAAGGAGUACCUGGACACACAGCGUAGUCGCCAUCUCCAGGCCUCUCUCACGCUGGAGCAGAUCCUUCUCCCCACCAUCAUCGCUGCACAACCUGAUCAGGCUGUUUUUAAUGGAGAAGAUGAGGAUCUGCAUCUGAAUUCUAGAGACCUGUCAGAUGAGCCCUGGAGGAGGCAGGUCAUCGCUAACCUGGCCAAGCACGUUCUCUUCACCGCCAGCAAGUCAUCAGCAAUCAUGUCCUCUCACAUCGUGGCCUGUCUCCUCCUGUAUCGGCACAGACAGGGUGUACUGCUGUCUAAACUGGUGGAGGAUUUCUUCAAUAUGAAGGAAGAGAUCUUGUCACGGGACUUUGACUUGGGUUUUUCUGGGAAUUCGGAGGAUGUGGUCAUGCAUGCGCUUAGCCUUCUGGGAAACUGUGUGAAUGUCACCAGCACCAACAGAAACACAGAGUUCAUCAUCGCUCCUAGCAACACUGUACCUGCACUCUUUGAGCUCAAUUUCUACAGCAAUGGCCUUUUCCACGUCUUCAUUGCAGAUGCCAUUAUAGCUUGCAGCGCACUGGCCCUGCUGAGAGAGCAAUCUGCAACUUCAGUGAGUGAGCAGAAUUCUUCAUCUAAGCUGCUCAGCCAAGAGAGACUGAUCCGCAGAGCUGCAGGCCUCUCCCACUUUCUGUCCAAUGAGGUGGCAGUAGCGGUGCCUUGUCAGACUUUGUACCAGGUCUUCCAUGAUGCUGUCACCAGGUUAAUCGAGUAUGGUGUGCUCAUUGUAGCCGAGGAGGACCAGGAGGAGUUGAGCCCUUCUGAGGAGCCUUGGCCCAAGAAGUUUCCAGGGGCUCUUGCUUGGCGAAGUGAUGAAGAAGAUGAAGACAGUGACUUUGGAGAUGAACAAAGAGACCGUUACCUGAAGGUGAGCCCAUCAGCUGAGCCCCAGGAAUUUUAUACUUUUCUUCAGAGGAUUCUCACUCCGGUGCUGGAGGCCUACAGUGGUGCAGCUAUCUUUCUGCACAGCCUGAUAUCGCCCAUGUCAGAGAGAGAGUACACACAGAAGCUUUUCAAAUAUCUGCUAACUCGCACAGAGAGAGGAGUGGCUGCAUAUGGAGAGAGUGCCACACACUACCUCGUAAAAAAUACAGUGAAAACAUUUAAAGAGCUUGGGGUGCUCAAAGAGAGGCGAGAGGGUGGUGUGUGCCGUCUGGAGCUGAGCAGCACUUUCUUACCUCAGGCCAACAGAAACAAACUCCUGCAGUACAUUCUGGGUUUCAGUCUGCUGUGACACAUUAGGACCAUCAACACAGCUGCGCGGCUUUCCACACCACUCAAGGGCUUUUUACUGGCUAAUCAUGACUGUCAAAGGUGCUACUCUAAGGAAAGCUUUACCUGGAAUUGCCUUAACUAAACGCCUCAUACUAGACUUAAGUUAGUCUUCCCUUCACUGAAAAACCCUCCACUUAUGCACUACUCAAUACACAAGUAGUUCUGUCAGCUCUUUCGUUUACUAGAAGCUUCCAUUCACACAAUACUAUGCCAGUUUUGCCAGUGAAAGCCCUUGGUUUUCAGCUAAAUUGGGUGUCUUUAUAGCUCUGAAUGUUUAUAUGGUGUUAGUUUUUAACUCGGAUCAGUACAUGAAUGUCACUCUUUAUGAGGUCGCCUUCAGUUUUAACAAACACACAUCACUGGUAUGACGGCUGGUGUAUAGAAAUCUUUAAAAAAGGGCAUUUGAUUUUCUUUUUAACUUUCACUAUUACUGUCAGAGCAUGUAAAGAAAUCGACAUUACCUUGCAGAGAAUAGAAAGACGGAGAAUCUUUCGAUAACACGUGAAUGUCAUAAUGGAAAUAGUGGACUCAUUUUGAAAAAAAAUGCGUCCAAGUAGCUACUUUAUUCACUUUGUCACAUCCCAUCAUGGGUGCAGUUGGACAUCCAUGAAGGACAAACAGUAGAUGCAUGUAAUGGUUUUAGCAGGCCUAGAGGAUCAUGAGGGGGAAACUUUACUGGAAACUGAGCUUGAAUGCUUCUGCUUGGCUGACUAUUACAAGAUAUGUUUGUAAUAUUUGGAGGAGGUUCUCUUGCUGCCAAGCACUUUGAUUUCCUCCUCAGUUACUGGUAUAUUUUAUUUGGAGUUAAGUUCCUUGGCAGUGAGUCUUCUAUGCUCAGCAUGUGUGCAAUAUGUCUGUAGUAUGUGAAUUAAACUCUAUUUAUGCCAUAAAUUUGUCUCAAAGCACAAUAUAACCAGAAUGCUGAAAAAGGCACGUUGCCUUCAUAACCACUGGAAAAUUGUGUUUGUUGUUGAAUAUAUCGAGAGCCUGUGGGCAGGCAAAAGUUGAGGAUACCCUGUAAUGUCCCAAAACUGCAAUUUACUUUACCCCAUCUUCAUUCCGUUUUUAUUAUCUGCUCUUUAGAAAGCCUUUUCUGCUGAUUUAUCAUUUCCAACUUCAUUUGUCAUGUGUUUUGUAUUAUCCCGACUAUGACCCCAUGCUUGUUUUGACAAGUCCUUGAAGAAAACUCUUUUGUGCGUCAGCCUCUAGACGUUGCCAUGCAAUGGACCUGUUUUUACUGUGCAAGAAUGUAGUUGGCAGGCAUGCACACUUUGCGUAGGCUACCGAGAGACUUUGAUUAAAAAAGAUAAAGGCUGUUUCCACGAUCUUGGAAAAAUCUGAAAGGAUCCACUGGUUUUAAGGCUGUGAGCUCCUGGGCUUGGGAAAUUGUGGAUUUCUUUGCAUAUCAAAUCAGUUACGAUCUGCUCUAUGCUGUUUAUCUAUGUUGUCAUUAAGUCCUUAUCCAAUAAUCUUGAACUACUGGAAAAGUGAGGGAAAUUCAUUGGUCCCUGGUACAGCCCUGGUAGAAUAUAUAAGCUUACUUAUGUCACGAGUUACCUGAGCAGCUCAAACUGCUAAGUUGUAUAUUAGAUUUGAAGUGACAUUGAAAGUGUUUUAGAGACUGAAUCAAAGCUGUGAAGGUUUCAGAUACUCAAGGCAUAUUUGAACAGUUUGCACAAAAUAGUUGUGUGUGUCAAUAUGGCCGCAAAUAUUCAGCUUUAAAUUGCAAUUAAACGUCUGUUUUGAAUGGAAUAAUAGCUUACUACUUAAUAAAUACUGUGCAGUAUGUACUGCAUACUUCCUGUAAUUUGAAUCAGUUGGGAUUCAAUUCCACAUUUUAAAAAUUAUUUUAUCAUGUUGCAUGAUAAAUUGGAAAAUUAAUUGCGUUUUUAAAAUUAAUCAAAUGAUGAAUCAAGAAAUAUUAAAAAUCACAACUGAUAUUAUUUACUAUUCAUUUGAUACUUGUAACGCAAGGUCAAGCACAUUGCAUCGUGAGAUGCAGCGCUUCACGUCGUAAACUCUCUUAAUCCAUCUUUACACAGCUGAAUUAAGGCUGCUCAAAAUUCUGUGUAAAGGUGUAAUGCAGAAUGAAAGCCAGACUAAAUGAUACCUGCUCUGACCCACCUCAGUCCAUAGUAUAAAAGUGUACAGUUGUAAUUUAUGCAUAUUAUGCAUAGAGCAUUCAUACCAUAUAAUGCAGCAAUAGUAUGCUUUUUGGAAUAUAGCCAACAUUUUGAGGGAGUCAGAAUAAUAGAGCAAGUGUGUGAUUCCUAACUCUUCUCUACAUUGUGUGAAUGUGUUCAAUCAGCACUGAAGAUUGUAUAUUUGAAAUUCACUUGAAUAUAAACAGCCAUAUGCAUUUCUCUCUCCCAGCAGACAGCAAUAAGGCGUUUUUUUAUUAGUUGCCUGUCCAUUAUUGCAGUCAUGUACUCUCAUCCCAUGUGAAGUCGAUCAAUAGAUCCCUUUUGUGCUGUGAACAAUAUAGAUGUGAGGUGUUGUUUUAAAUCUAUCUGAGAAAACAAAGAUUAAGGCAGUCACAUUUAAUGUUCUCACAUCAAAUAAUG